CUUCUCCCGCUUUCUCAAAAUUACCUCCCCUCUCUUGUCAUCAUCCACCCACCCUCUCCUGUGAUUGAGCGAAAACCUUGUUCACGCGCGCGCGUUCCCAACCGGCGCGAGUGGGGAGCUGUCCAGCAAGCGAUUUGAAGUAGUCUUCUUGCCCGGCAAGUGCGGUCUCUUGUCUGUCCAGGAAUGAGAAGUGAUGGCCGGCUCUGCAACUGAGGAGAAAACCUUCCGAAGGUUCUUGGAGCUCUUCCUCCGAGAGAUGAGACCACCACUCCAGGAGAAUGACCCUGUCCCAAUGCGCCCUUUGUCUGACCUCACCUCGGAGGACGAAGUUGAAGGGGAAUGCCUCGAUAUGUGUCUUCAGCACUUGUGCAAAUAUAACUGCCCCUUCUCCCUGGCGGCUGCCCUGGCGCGGGCUACGGCGGACAGUGUUCUGCAGAGUGACCUCUCCAUCUUCCACAUCCAGAAGACCGUCGAGGAUGGAGUAGACCCUUUCCCCCAGAUUGAGUCGGUGGCCUUUGCCAGGCUCAUCUUCAAUAAGUUGUGUGAAACAUGCUGCCUGUGGCUGAAAGACUUCCCUUACCGCCGCCGCCCUCAGCCCUACUACGAGACCUCCAUCCACGCCAUCAAAAACAUGCGCCGCAAGAUGGAGGACAAACACAUCGUCAUUCCCGACUUCAACACCCUCUUCAACAUACAGGACCAGGAGGAGCAGGCCUUCUUCGCCGUGUUCGAUGGCCAUGGGGGCGUGGACGCCGCCAUCUACGCCGCCAACCACCUCCACGUCAAUAUGGUGCACCAGGAGUGCUUCAGCCAAGAUCCGGGGGAGGCCCUGUGUCGCGCCUUCAGAGUCACCGAUGAACGCUUCAUCCGUAAAGCUAAGAUGGAGAACCUGCGCUGCGGCACCACGGGGGUGGUGACCUUUCUAAGGGGACGGACCCUGUAUGUGGCCUGGCUAGGGGACUCUCAGGUCAUGUUGGUCAAGAAAGGCCAGGCCGUGGAACUGAUGAAACCUCACAAGCCUGACAGAGAGGAUGAGAAGCAGCGUAUUGAGGCUCUGGGAGGCUGUGUCAUCUGGUUCGGCACGUGGAGGGUUAAUGGCAGCCUGUCCGUAUCCAGAGCCAUAGGUGACAAUGAGCACAAGCCCUACAUCUCUGGCGUUGCUGACCAACACAUCGUCCCAUUGGAUGGCACGGAGGACUACCUGAUCCUGGCCUGCGACGGCUUCUACGACACAGUCAGCCCCGAAGAGGCGGUGCGUGUGGUCAGCGACCACCUGACGGAGAACAGCGGCGACAGCACCAUGGUGGCCCACAAGCUGGUGGCCUCAGCCCGUGACGCCGGCUCCAGUGACAACAUCUCAGUCAUUGUGGUCUUCCUCAGAGACCUCCGCGCGCCCCCGCCGGGAGAGGAGGACGAAGAGGGGGAGGAGGGAAAGGAUGAGGAAGUGGCGGAGGUGGAGGAGGAAGGUCAAGGGGAGAUGGGCUGCCAGGAUGGGAGCACCACGGACGUUGGGGGGAAGGGUCAUUGUUUCCUGCAGCAGUGCUCGGCUCCAGCCGACCUGGGCUAUGAAGACCGCACAGACUCGUUGACAGACAGAACCAGCCUAGGCCUGCUGGGGCCCAUGCUGGGAGAGGAUGGUCGGAUCAGGCUCCCCCCUGCCUGCUCACACCCUACCCCCUCCUUAGCCCUCACCCAGAAUCUCAUGCCUACCGAGGGCCAUGGGGCGGCCUGGUUGCCCUGCCUAGAGGAGGGGCUCCAGGGCUCCAGGCACAAGCCCCAGCCUAAACCCUGUGUCCCCGCCUGCCAGGAGCCCAGCUCAGACGGACAAUGGCCCCUGGCGGCCUCCCUGUUUGGCCACGCGGGGAGGCGCACCCGGAGGAUGGAGUGCGUGAGCCCCAGGUGUGGGUGGGUGUCCCGGCGUUGGGGCCGUGCCCCCAGGGAGCUCCCUGGCCUGCUGCACUCCACCUGUAGUGUGCCCUACCCCCAGCGCUGCCCCGAGAGGAGGCCCGGGGUGGCCCUUCCCCACCUGCCCCACGGCAGCAGAAUCUGAUGAUGUGACCUAAUCUUCACUAGCUCCUCGAUCUCCUGCCCCUUCCUCUAUCUGACUACAGUCAUUAUUUCAUUCAUCCAUCCAUCAUGAGUUCCUCAUCCAGGACACUGGCUCCACACCCAUACCCUCACAGCCCCAUUCAGGAGGCAAUCUACCUACCCCUCCCCAUACCCUCACAGCCCCAUUCAGGAGGCAAUCUACCUACCCCUCCCCAUACCCUCACAGCCCCAUUCAGGAGGCAAUCUACCUACCCCUCCCCAUACCCUCACAGCCCCAUUCAGGAGGCAAUCUACCUACCCCUCCCCAUACCCACACAGCCCCAUUCAGGAGGCAAUCGACCUACCCCUCCCCAUACCCUCACAGCCCCAUUCAGGAGGCAAUCUACCUACCCCUCCCCAUACCCUCACAGCCCCAUUCAGGAGGCAAUCUACCUACCCCUCCCCAUACCCUCACAGCCCCAUUCAGGAGGCAAUCUACCUACCCCUCCCCAUACCCUCACAGCCCCAUUCAGGAGGCAAUCUACCUACCCCUCCCCAUACCCUCAUAGCCCCAUUCAGGAGGCAAUCUACCUACCCCUCCCCAUACCCUCACAGCCCCAUUCAGGAGGCAAUCUACCUACCCCUCCCCAUACCCUCAUAGCCCCAUUCAGGAGGCAAUCUACCUACCCCUCCCCAUACCCUCACAGCCCCAUUCAGGAGACAAUCUACCUACCCCUCCCCAUACCCACACAGCCCCAUUCAGGAGGCAAUAACAAUUCCUGCUCCUGGCCCGUAUUGCAAACAAACACACACUGUACUGUACUUUCCGAUUCAUAAUGGAAAACACAUUAUCCGCCCACUCUAUCUUCAUAGAUGGGAGUACUUAAUACAGGAUUAUAAGUAGUGGUCACUUACCUGAAUAAAUCCAACAUAUAUAGACUGAUAUGUAUUCCAGAUGGGAGUACAAUAGAGGAUAAUGGCAUGUAGAAGGGAUAUUAUUAAGAAAUUAUAUUCCAUUUAUAAUUUUGGGGAUGACGUCAUCCAAGAGCAGACAGUCAGUCCUUGCCAUGCCUGUCAAAUUGAGGUAACGUUUACAUAAAACUAAACACGAGAUGUGUUCUCAUUGACAAUAAAUCAUUCCCAACAGACUAGGUGUGAAUAAGUUGCCAGACUUACUUGGCCAAGAUAGUUCAGACGACUCAGCAGAACAUGUGCCUUCCCUAAACAAGAAAAAGUUUAUGGGAAUUUUGAGCCUCAGUCAACAAAACCCUUUCUAAGCUUCCCAUUACAAUAUGGACCCAUGUGUUUCAUAUCGCUUACAGGGGCUACUUAACCAACAACUAUUCUGCUUUUUAAGUUCACUAACAACAUUAGAGCAUAAGAAUGAUGAAUGUCAAAGACUUCAUCUCUGGUUUGACAAAUAUAGUAAAUUAAUCUUAAUCUCACCAUCUUUUCAAAUGUGAAUGUUUAUUUUAUAUUGAAACUCCAUAGAAGAUGCUAUAUACUGUAGCAAUGACUAGGUUCUGUAAAAUGUGCCUCCAUUCUCCUGGCCCAGGCAACCGUUGUUUAAUUUAUAUCAAAGACAGUUCAGUCUUGCUGUUGGAAAAACUCCCAAUCUUUUCACCUUUAAGAAAACAGGAAUUGUUUGUGCCAUUCCUGACAUUUUUAACUCUUACUAACACUUUGUGCCAUUUCCAUACUUUUUCCCCCCUUCCCUCCCCAAUCCCACUGAGUUCCCAGGAGCAGGAGACAAGGACACAGGGUAUGAGUGGCCAAAUCCCCUCACUGACCCACAGUCACACAGAGAAAUACCCCCAGCCAGUCAGUCAGUUCCCAGUCACUGUCAUUGCCUACUGCUACCCUGAAACACCUAGCCGUUGGUCGCCUGGUGGCCUCCCCACUGAAGAACAUGGUGGUUAUUUACAGAAGGCCAUUUGGACAGUGUCAUCGUGAAAGAUCCCCAGAAAGUAGAAUGUAUUCCAGUUGUCGAAUGUACAUGGAGCUCUCUCGGGACCUUCAUAGAUGGGCCAGUAGGACUGAGACAGUAAUAGGGUUUUUGGACUGUGGAUGUAAGACAACCGUGUCUGGACGCGGUACACCUGGAGGACACACUAUUCUGGAGGCGUUUGUUAAUCAUGAGAUACUUUAUCAGCUAUCCACCGUAUUCUCGCUAAUCUGAGUAUUCUAUCCUGGUGUUCCACUCUGAGAGAGCAGGAUGUGGAUAAGCACACUGACUCUCAGGCAGAAAGAUGCCCAUGCUUCUGUAUCUUUCCCUUUGCGUAAGCAACACCUGCAUUUUGACUCUUGGAAGAACAGUGGACCACACAAAUUGACAUUUUCUGACCAAUUAUGAAAGACAACCAGAAAGUCGAAUAUAUAAGGGUAGUUAUCAAAUGCCCCGAGUCCCCCCAACUUCCUCCCCAGUCCCACCACCACCCACAUCAACUGCUUUUUCAAAGCUUUCUGCUUCUUUUUGAGAGCAAAAAAAAACGCACAUCUUUCCCAUCUUAAAUGUUCCUCGGACGGGGCACCAAUUGCUUAUUGGAAUUUAUCGUAAAUUCACAUAUUAUGUACAUGUAGGUAUGAAUGUGUGAAGGCGUACGUGUGGGUGUGUGUAUACGUGUUGAGGGUAUUCAUGUGGUCUGUCUUAUAAGUCUACUAUUUAAAAUCACCACUGUAAAGUCAGCAGGAUCGUGGAACAAUAUUCUGUGUUGAAAUCAAGCUUCACAGCCCCCAGCACUCUACUGUACUUUUCAUGUGACACCUUUGGAAGUAGAGUUGUGUAUUUUAGCAGUGCUUUAGCAGUGCUUGAGUGACAAGGGAACAUGGGAAUUCAAAUGCUGGGCCACAUUUCCACUGAAAUGUCAAAAUGGUCCCCCACCUCGCAGUCCUCUAACUCUGCAGUCGUUCAUAAGACGCUGAACCUUCAAGCCAUAAACAGAAAAGUGUAUGCUAGAAUUCCCCAGCUAAACCUGCUUGCUCACAUAUCCCAUAGUUCCUCUCUCUCUCAUCCACUUCUGCGGUAUGACCCUUCCCUUUACCCCCCCCAUGCCUAUAUGACCCUUCCCUUCUACCCCCUCAUGUCUAUAUGACCCUUCCCUUUUAUCCCCCCCAUGCCUAUAUGACCCUUCCCUUUUACCCCCUCAUGUCUAUAUGACCCUUCCCUUUUACCCCCCCCCAUGCCUAUAUGACCCUUCCCUUUUACCCCCCCAUGUCUAUAUGACCCUUCCCUUCUACCCCCUCAUGUCUAUAUGACCCUUCCCUUUUACCCCCUCGUGUCUAUAUGACCCUUCCCUUUUAUCCCCCCAUGCCUAUAUAUGACCCUUCCCUUCUACCCCCUCGUGUCUAUAUGACCCUUCCCUUCUACCCCCUCGUGUCUAUAUGACCCUUCCCUUUUACCCCCCCAUGUCUAUAUGACCCUUCCCUUUUACCCCCCCCCCCCCAUGCCAGUAUGACCCUUCCCUUUUAACUCCCCCCAUGCCAGUAUGACCCUUCCCUUUUACCCCCCCCCAUGCCAGUAUGACCCUUCCCUUUUACCCCCCCCCCCAUGCCAGUAUGACCCUUCCCUUUUACCCCCCCCCAUGCCAGUAUGACCCUUCCCUUUUAACCCCCCCCAUGUCAGUAUGACCCUUCCCUUUUAACCCCCCCCCAUGCCAGUAUGACCCUUCCAUUUUAACCCCCAUGCCAGUAUGACCCUUCCCUUAAAACCCCAUGCCAGUAUGACCCUUCCCUUUUACCCCCCCCAUGCCAGUAUGACCCUUCCCUUAAAACCCCAUGCCAGUACGACCCUUCCCUUUUACCCCCCCAUGCCAGUAUGACCCUUCCCUUUUACCCCCCCCCCAUGCCAGUAUGACCCUUCCCUUAAAACCCCAUGCCAGUAUGACCCUUCCCUUUUACCCCCCCCAUGCCAGUAUGACCCUUCCCAUGCGGAUAGAAACAGACCACGCUGUUCAGGUCUGUUCCCCUCUCUCCCCUUCCUUUUCCUAUGCCACUCCAUUGCUCUCCAUGACUCUGCACUGUGUGUCCAUGUACACAAAAUGCUUUGUUCCUGUAAGCAAUAAUGAAUCUUUACGAGUCGCGCAUGGAAAGGCUUUUGUUCAGAGGGUUUGUCUUCACUGAGCAAGGCGGAGGGAGCUAGAGCCAGAUCAAACUAACCACAGCCACCCUCCUAAACUCUUACCAGUGCUCACAUUCACAUUGAUGGGCACACACCACUUUACUUCUGCUCGAUGGUAGAAUGGGACACAACCUAUGAUGUACCCCUUAGAAAGUUGUCGGUGUAUAUAAAAUACUACCACGUUUGGCGGCCAUAUUGAAUUAGUCUCAAAGAGAAACACUAGAAAGGGUUUCUAAACUUGGCCAGCCCCCUGUGACAGGGUGGUUCAAACUCUGUAUGCCAGGCUUCCCUGAAGACAAACCCAUGACCAGCUCUUCCCCAACCUGCAGGUUAGGUAAACCAGUAAAAAGUUUCAGUAUCUCUAUCUUCUGUGUUGUUCUCGUAGUAUACAAAUGUGUAUCUUAACGGUGACUAUUAUCAUGUAUAAAGAUUAGACCAAG